AGACAAAGGAGUCUGUGAAGAUGUUGGAGGCUAAGGGUAGUGAAUGAUGGAAAGCUUGUUUAUUACCCCCAACCGAAACGCCGUUUUUAAAGAUCCAACAGCAACCAACACACACUCUCUGCUCAAUGAUUCCAUGAUUAAUGGAUAAAGUAACACAGCAACUGACAAAUAUAACCAUAAAUAACCAAGUUCCAACGCUACUUACAAUUCUCUUUUUAUAACCCUUUGAUCACAUAGAAUGGUGUUGUGAUUCUAUACUCCCAUUAUGGAUAAGUACGAGGCCGUUAAGGAUUUGGGAGCUGGCAAUUUUGGGGUCGCUAGGCUUAUGAGGAACAAGCUCACCAAGGAGCUCGUAGCCAUGAAAUACAUCGAGCGUGGCCACAAGAUUGAUGAGAAUGUGGCAAGGGAGAUUAUGAACCACAGGUCCCUCCGGCAUCCCAAUAUAAUUCGUUACAAGGAGGUGGUUUUGACUCCCACGCAUUUGGCAAUAGUGAUGGAGUAUGCAGCAGGAGGAGAGCUCUUUGAGAGGAUAUGCAGUGCUGGCAGGUUCAGUGAAGAUGAGGCCAGAUAUUUCUUUCAGCAGCUUAUCUCCGGUGUCCAUUUCUGUCAUACCAUGCAAAUAUGCCACAGAGAUUUGAAGCUUGAAAAUACCCUUCUAGAUGGAAGUCCUGCACCUCGGUUAAAAAUUUGUGACUUUGGUUAUUCCAAGUCAUCUUUGCUGCAUUCGCGACCAAAAUCAACUGUUGGAACACCGGCUUAUAUAGCUCCGGAAGUUCUUUCUAGGCGAGAGUACGACGGAAAGUUGGCUGAUGUAUGGUCAUGUGGGGUGACACUUUAUGUCAUGCUGGUUGGAGCAUAUCCGUUUGAGGACCAGGAUGACCCUAGGAAUUUUAGGAAAACAAUUCAGCGUAUAAUGGCCGUUCAAUACAAAAUCCCUGAUUAUGUUCACAUAUCUCAAGAUUGUAGACAUCUCAUCUCCCGUAUAUUUGUUGCAAAUCCAUUGAGGAGAAUUACUAUUAAGGAAAUUAAGAAUCAUCCAUGGUUUUUAAAGAAUCUUCCAAGGGAGCUAACUGAAUCCGCUCAAGCUAUUUAUUACCAGAGAGACAGCCCAAACUUUCAACUUCAAAGUGUGGACGAGAUAAUGAAAAUUGUGGGAGAGGCAAGAAAUCCACCUCCAGUAUCUAGGCCUGUCAAAGGUUUUGGCUGGGAAGGUGAAGAAGAUUUGGAUGAAGAGGUGGAGGAAGAGGAGGAUGAAGAAGAUGAGUAUGAUAAGAGGGUCAAAGAGGUUCAUGCAAGUGGCGAAUUCCAAAUUAGUUAAGGCACUCAAAUUCUUGUGUACUUUGUUAAAAUAUUGUACUUUUUAGAAGUCACCCUUUUUUUAUGUAUGAAGUCACCUGUUUACGUGUAUUAUAUAAUUAUGGCUCUGUUCUUGUAAUAUAGUACGUGGUGUAUCACAAUCGUCGCUAUGUAUGAGAAUAAUAGUUGUCUGAUUUCAUUCUAAAUCGACAUGAGAACAAUAAUUGUCUGAUUA